AUGCGCUUCGCUCUUCUUUCCCUCUUCGCCGCCACCGCCGCCCUUGCGGCCCCGGCCGGUGCGAACCCUCACAGCGACAUCGAGAACGUCGAGAUCGAGCCCUCGGAGCCGUACACGUGCGAGUACGCUCACCUCUCGUGGGAGGGCGGUGUGCCCCCUUACACCAUCGUCGUCGGUGAUGGCGAGGAGAUGCACCAGCGCGGCUCGAUCGGCAAGGAGCUCGACCGCUUCGAGGUCCAGGACCAGUUCGCCGCUUACCGCAUCAAGCACGAGGGUCACCUCGAGUUCGCCAUCUACGACUCGAACGGCCGCCGCACCACCUCGGGGGCUACCGCUAUCCGCAACGCGUUCACCGAGUGCAUCGGCAAGGACGACGGCCUGCCGUCGCACCUCUAA